CCACAGGAGCUCUACAUGCACUGUGCCAUGUCUGUGGGGAGGUCUGUCCCCUCUUCAACAGCCAAAGCCUGCACUUACGAUUCCUCAGCAAGAGAAUGGAAGGAGCUGUAUGGAGCUUCUUCAGUCUGCUCCUGUUGUGAGUCCACAUGUAGUUGCUCUGCUGUCCCCUCUGCCACCACAAAGAUGGUCACCAGCAAGUCAUGGUCAGUGGAAUACAACACGAAGCCUGCUCCGGCCCAGGAGGUGACGACAACCUCACAGCCCGAGACCGUGGUGGAGGGGCAGUUAGGUGUGAGGCAGGUGGAGAGACUUAAAGAGAGGCCUGUGAAGGGAUUUGCUGUCGUGGAAGUAGAGCAGGUCUCUGAACCACACAGAACAUUCGAGGAGCUAUUUGGUUUGGACAAAUAGACAGCAAGUGUGGUCACUGCCCAACGUUCAUGUCGAUAAUUCACUUUUUGGAAAUAAAAAAUAAAAUAAUUACCAUCUUGUUAA